AUGCAGUUCUUCGCCACCAUCAUGUCCAUGGCCUUUGCCAUCGCUGCCGUCUCCGCUCACGACGGUGAGACCCACUACACAAACACCACCGUCGCUCCCACCUACGGCACCCCAAAUAGCACCAUUUCCGCAACCGGCACUGGUGCACCAUUCCCUUCAUCCACCGGACCCAUCGACAACGCGGCCGGCAAGCUCUCCACAUCUGCCCUCGGAUUGUUUGUCGUUGGCGGUAUUGCUUUGGCCUUGUAA